AUGGCAAGGGGCAAGAUUCUCAUCGCUGUUAUCGGUGUCACGGGGGCGGGCAAGACGACAUUUGUCAACACAGCCACGGGCGAGAACAGCUUGGAAGCUAACGAUGAUGUCGACUCCGUGACAGAAGAAGCGGUCUCAGUCACAUGCAGCGUUGAUAAACAAUCGGUGACACUCAUCGAUACGCCGGGCUUUGAUGAUCGGAAGCGUACCGAGGUGGACAUUCUCAAGCUUGUAGCGAAGCAUCUGAUGGACACAUACAGAGACGGCACGAAACUCAACGGCGUCAUCUUCUUGCAGCCCAUCAACCAGCCGCGGGUUGGGGCCGCCGAGGGCAGCCGUACGCGCCUCUUCAAAAAGCUGCUUGGUGAAGAAGCCUUCCGGCGUGUUGUCAUCGGCGGUACCAUGUGGACGGACCGGGCGGACGCCGAGAGGAAAAUGGGCCAGCGAGCACAGCGCCAGGAUAUCUGGGGAGACAUGGUGCAAGGCGGGGCCAAGAUGGUCGCUUAUGAUAAUACCCCUGAGGGCGCCGCAGAGAUCAUCCGCAUCCUCAUGAAGAACAAGCCUGGCGACCUGCUGAUCCAGAAGGAACUGGCUUCUGGGAAAGGGUUGGAGGAGACCGCGGCGGGCCGUGAGAUUGAGAAGCAAAAGGGCGAGGAUAUUGCCAAGUUGACGGCCGAGCUUCGGGAUUUGAAACAGGACCGGGAGGCGACGGCUGCUGAGAUCCGCGAGCUGCAGGACAAGAUUUAUCAGCGCGAGGAGGAGAUCAUGGACCUGAAGCGCGGUUGUUGA